CUCCAGCGCUGUGAUGUCGAUGAGUAUUCUGGCUCUCUGCCUGCUGGCUUGUAUGCAUUCUGGCAUAAAUGCAUAUCCAGCCAAGCCUGCCAGUCCCCGCGAUGGUGCACCACCUGAGGAACUCGCCAAAUAUUAUUCUGCACUACGACACUACAUCAAUCUCAUUACGAGACAGAGGUAUGGAAAAAGAGACACCCCCGAUACUGUAUUUUCAGAUGUGUUGAUGAGGGAGAGCACAGAGAGUAUUCCAGGAUCAAACUAUGUCAGGUAUGAUGGGCUGCCACUGUGGUGAUGCUGCUGGAGCCGUCAUGUCCAGGCUGACUUUACCACAAAGCUGCUGCCCUGUCCGUUACUGACAUGAAAUAAACUUGU